AUGCUCGUAACGAUUUCUCUGUUUUUAGCAGCAUGUGGGUUAGUUCAGAGUUCUGGCGUCAACUUACUAGCUCCAGCUGGUGCACCAGCGCCUGUCGUUACGGCAUCAAGUUCCCAGUACUUUGAGAGAAACUUCAAUCGUUUAGUGCCCGCACAGCCAGCUUUACAACCAGUAUAUCCAGUGGCCCCGCCACCUCCAGUGGUAGAAGUCGCUAGAGCUCCAACGUUUGUGCCCGUUGCACCGGCUUCUCCGGUAAUACCAGUAGCUCAAGUUCCAAACGUAAUUCGAGUGGCUCCUGUUCCUCGGGUAGUUCCAUUCCUGCCAGCAAGACCAGUUUUUGGCGAACCGACGACGAAAAAUAAUCAAGAACCAGCAACGCCUGUAAAUCCUCAACAAAAUAUUCCUGCUGAUCCAAACGUGGCUUUUGCUGUGGCGACUGCAAACGCGGCUGCACCAGUAGCAACAAUAUUGCUUCCACCGUAUCCGUUUGGACCACCUCCAUCCCUAGGAUUUAUACCCCCAUGGCCAGUGUUUAAUACACCAGAAGUAAAGCGUGAAAACGAAAGUACAACAACAAGCACAACGCGAACACAGGCAACAACAACAGAGAGGGAAAGUGAAACCACAACACCUGUUCCUUCAAAUGUCGAUAACAGUUUUGCUCAAGCAUUACCUUCUAAUGAUAAUGUAAAUUUCAGACAGUAUCUUCCACCACCUUUCCAGCUACCAUUAGAACCAUAUUCACCACCUAUGGGGAGACCACAGACAGCCAGACCACCACAAGCGAAGCCCCAGAAAGUUAAAACAGCAGUCGAAGUAGUGCCAGUCCCAUUAACGUAUAUUGCACCACCUCCGCUAAAGAAACAUCACCCCGUGAAAUUAAUUAAAGUAACAAAGCAUAUUCAUACAUUUAUUCCCACUGGUAAAAUUAUAAUAAGACCAGUCUCAUAUAGAACGCGAGCAAAACCUGCAUAUGUUAUAGUAUACAGAAAACCUACAUUUGCAAAGAAAGUGGCAGCAGGUUACCCUCAAGCUGUAUCCAGUCGUUCAAAAUCAAGGGAUGUUGAACCUACUACCUUUAGAUCUGUAAUAAGACCUAAUAUUAGAUCACCGUGA